AUUAUAAAACGCUACAUCUAUCCACCUCUUUUGGCUCGUGUUUGUUUUUUGUGGCAAUGGGUGGAUGUUUGUUUCUCUGUCUGGUGUUAUUAUCAGACUCCUUACAGGUUCUUUCUGCUGGAAGUGGUCUCAGAAGUUGCACCCGGGACUCUAAACUGUGCAGAGAUGGUUCAGAGUGUGUGCUCUACAGGUAUCUGUGUGAUGGAGAGCGGGACUGUAUGGAUGGUUCAGAUGAAGAGGAUUGUGAAACAUCAUGCAGCAAAGCAGAUAAGUUCCAGUGUGCCCAUGGGAAGAUGUGCAUCGAGAAGAGCCAGGUGUGUGACGGUGUACCUCAGUGUCAGGACCGCUCUGAUGAGCUUCAGUGCGUGACGCUAAUGAGGGGCUGUGUUCAUCACUGUGACAACAAGACCCGCUGCCUGCCUGCAAACUUCCUGUGUGACGGCGAGGAGGACUGUACAGAUGGCACAGAUGAAGCCACUUGUGGAGAAGACAAAAAGGAAGAAGAGACCAUUACAACCUCUGUGCCUACAGUCUUGGUUGGCCCUUCUAAACAGUCCACCUCUUCUCACCCCAUUAAGUGUUCUUUCGGCUUCAUACCAUGCAGUGACAACUCGGAGUGUAUCCAGAACCACUAUUUCUGUGAUGGUGAAGCAGACUGCAGAGAUGGUUCAGAUGAGGCAAAAUGCUCAUCGUCUUGUGAAAAGGACCAGUUCCAGUGUGCCCAUGGAAGGAUGUGCAUUGAGAAGAGCCAGGUGUGUGAUGGUGUGCCUCACUGUCAGGACCGCUCGGAUGAAGCAGAAUGCACAAAGUACAUGGAGGGCUGUUCUCAUCAAUGCGACAACAAAAGCCGCUGCAUUCCCAGUAGCUUCCUUUGUGAUGGGGAAAGUGACUGCUCUGAUGGCAGUGAUGAGGCAAAGUGUGAAAAGGAGGACUGCAGUGACACAGAGUUCAAGUGUACCAGCGGCCAGUGUGUGUUGGCCGCAAUGCGUUGCGACGGUCACCCAGACUGCCGGGACCGUUCGGAUGAGGAAGACUGCACCAAAGUGCCAGCCUGCAAGACCAAACUUCGCUGUCCCCAGAGCAAGGAGUGUCUAGUGCAGGAGUGGAUCUGUGAUGGAGACCAGGACUGCAGAGAUGGCACUGAUGAGAAGGAUUGUCCUGUGGCUCCAGUGAACUGUGGAGAGUUCCAGUGGUUGUGCAAAUCCAAGACCAAGUGCAUCCCUAAAGCCUGGCUGUGCGAUGGCAUGAAGGACUGCAAUGAUGGCAGUGACGAGACUGAAUGUCCGGCUGUAACAUGUGCCCCUCACCAGUUCCAGUGUGGCAGUCAGGAGUGUCUGGAUCCAAACCUGGUGUGCAACGGCAUGACAAACUGUGCAGAUGGCUCAGAUGAGGGAGGAAGCUGCCAUACAGACUGUGCAGAGGAAAAUAUCAUGCACUGCUCCCAGGGCUGCUACAACACACCUCAGGGACCGCGCUGUCGCUGUGCAGCAGGUUUCAGGCUCAUGGAGGAUGGGCUGGCCUGUGCUGAUGUUGAUGAGUGUGAAGUUCAGACUCCAGGUGUGUGCAGUCAGCUAUGCAUCAACGCUCCAGGCUCGUACAGAUGUGACUGUCAGCCGGGCUUUAUAAUGGAAGCAGAUGGACACCACUGCAAAAUCACUGGUGAGCCCCUGCUGUUGUCCUCAAUCCAAACGGAUAUCUACUUGUAUGGCUUGCGUAGUCACAGCUUGGUUACAUUGCCCUCUUCUGCAAAGAAGGCAGUCUUGUCUCUAGACUAUGACUGGAAAGGUCAGAAGGUCUUCUGGGUCAGUCUGGAGAUGGCUGCUAUAAUGUGGUCUUCUCUAGAUCAGAAGAUGACAGGAAGUCUGAUUAAAGGUGUUCAGGCUGAUUCUAUAGCUGUGGACUGGGUCGGGAGGAAUCUGUACUGGAUCAAUGGGGUGAAGAGUUAUAUUGCUGCCAUCAGAUUGGCAGCAGCCUCUGCAAGCUCACUGUACCAAAGCAUCAUCUUGGAUGAAGACUUGGAUCAGCCCCGCUCUCUUGCCCUGCUACCACAAAAAGGGCUGAUGUUCUGGACAGAGAUUGGUAAUGUAGUGAAGAUUGAGCGUGCUGGGAUGGAUGGGUCAGAGAGGAGGGCACUGGUGAACUCGAGUUUGGGCUGGCCGGGUGGUGUGGCUGUAGAUGCAGUCUCUGAGAGGGUCUACUGGACAGAUGAAAGACUGAAGGCGAUUGGAUCUGCAACUCUGGAUGGCGACGACAUUAGGAUUCUACAGAUAAAGGAGACCACAAACCCCUUUUCUGUGGCAGUGUUCAAUGACAUGCUCUACUGGUCUGAUGCCAAGAAACGAGUGGUGCAGGCUGCUCAUAAAAUCUCUGGUAAAAACCAUCAAGUUGUGCUGAAAAGGCCCAGACAGCCUUUUGCUGUGAAGAUCAUCCACCCAAUGCUCCAGAUGGGCACUGUGAACCCCUGCAAGAAGAUGGGUUGUUCCCACAUGUGUGUGCUUGCUCCUGGGCCCAGGGCUGUGUGCAAGUGUCCCCCUGGUCUCUUGCUGGCAGAGGAUGACCUCAACUGCUCCAACCUGGUCAAUUCGGCAUUUCUGCUGUUGCUGUCUCUGUCCAGUGUCACUCAGAUCUACUUGCAGUCCCAACACACCACAGCCGAGCUGAAGGGCUGGCCCGAGCAUCUGGCCCUGCAGAUACCGAGCGUGAACAAAGCCAAUCUCAUGGACUACAUCCUCAAGGAACGCACUCUAUUUGUGACAGAUGAUGCCACUUCUUCACUCAGCUCUUUCAGGCUGAAGGACUCACUCCUGACGUCUCAGGGCCAGCUUCUUGAGCUGCUGGAUGACGCCGUCACUGCCAUGGCAGUCGACUGGAUAACACUCAACAUUUAUUGGAGCAGUUACAAACAGCCCCACCUGCAGGUCACUGCUGUCACAGGCACAUACACAGCCAUUCUCAUAAAGGAGGGGAUCAACAGAGUGGGUUCGAUUGCUCUUCACCCACCCAGUGGAAGAGUUUGUUUCACGAAUAUGGAUCUGGAGGCUACGGGCAGCACGGCUACAAUAGUGUGCGCCAGCAUGGAUGGUGGUGAGCAAAGAGUGGUGUGGAAGGAUGCUGUCCAACCAACAUCUUUGGUCUUCUCUAAUAAUGGGGAUAACAUUUUCUGGGCUGACACGAGUUUGGGGACCAUUGGCUCUGUCCUGAUUGAUGGAUCUGGAUAUACAGAGCUGAAGGUUGAUGACGGCCUGGCUGCUGUGGCUGUAAGUGACAACCUCCUCCUCUGGAUUACAGUCACUGACAAGACCCAACUCUGGUACAAAGACGCUCAGCAGGAUAAGAAAUUAUGGUUUGAGGUUGGCACACAAGUGGUCGGCUUAAAGGCAUUCAGCAAACGGAGUCAGAUGGGCUCUAACCCAUGCACAGAAAACAAUGGGAACUGUGAGCACUUGUGCCUCGCCACCCCAACAAGUCGCACAUGCAAGUGCUCUUAUGACCACAUCCUUCUGAAUGCCACUCAGUGCAGCCCAGAGCAACACUGCCCAGCUGGCAGCAGGCCCUGCCUCGAUCACCUCUCAUGCCUGCCUGUGGAGAAGUUUUGCGAUGGACAUGCAGACUGCACGGACCACUCCGAUGAGAACUGUGUUGGCACCCAGCAGUGCCCAGGAGCUGAGGUCUUGGCUCCCACUCAACCUCACAGUUCUCCUCCUCCUCCUUCCAGUGUCUCUCCUGUCUCACAAGUCACAGGUCUGAACACAACACUGAAUGUCAGCAUUCAACGUGUGAACCUGGAUGCCCAGCAGUGCAGCCAGAGGCGCUGCAGUGGUAACGGACACUGUGUAGAGACGAAGGGAGUUGCUACAUGUGUGUGUUCACUGGGCUACAGCGGUGAUUCCUGUGAAAACCGGCUCGUGAAAACCAUGCAGGGUCCCAUUGUCUACGCUGCCGUGGGUCUCUGUGCAGCAGUUGUGAUCAUUGUUGUAAUAGUGCUGGUGAAGAGGAAGAAGAGUGCCAACUUAAGGGGAACUGGACCAUCAGCAGGCAAGGAGAUGAGCAUGACUGACCUGGAGAGCAAAGCGGAGACCAUUCCCACAUCCCAUACUGCCUCAGCAGAAAAGCCAGAGGUGGACCUCCCUUAAACCAGCAGCUUCCCGUUUUGUUGCUUUGUUGGGAGCCGUAUCCUCUGUGGAAUCGAGCUGAUUUAUGAACAAGUGAUGUUUUAAAUAAACAGUCUGCAUUUUCCACA